AUGGGUGCGCUUGGGAAUCUGAUCCCCUUGGUGAUUCUCUUCGCCUUCGUAGGCGGCGCCGCAUACAUCGGCUACCAGAUGUACCUCUACGCCAACGAGCUCGCCGACCGCGGCGUCAAGAAGAUGGAGAAGAAGAACGUCGUCUUCACCAAGGACGGCAUGAAAGUCGGCGUCAAGGAGGUGCGGUCGGAGGAGUACGCGGAUAAGACGCAGAGGUGA